AUGGAUUUAGAUCUUUAUCUUGAGACAAUUCGAAGUGGUAAGAGGCUUACUGAAGACCAAAUAACAUUGAUCUUCAAUAAAUUAAUGGAAGUUCUUUACCAAGAAGGCACUGUUCAUCCUUUACCACUUCCAAUCACAAUUUGUGGAGAUAUUCACGGUCAGCUUUAUGAUUUAUUCGAGCUUUUCGAAAUAUCAGGCGGUCCAGAAAAUAACAGAUACUUAUUCCUUGGUGAUUACGUAGACCGCGGUUAUUAUUCAUUAGAAACGUUCACAUAUUUAGCAUGCCUUAAACUCAAAUAUCCAGAGAAGAUAUAUUUACUUAGAGGCAACCAUGAAUGCCGCCAGGUUAACCAACUUUACGGUUUUUACGACGAAUGCAUCAAUGUUUAUGGUCAUGCAGGUAUUUGGCGUCUUUGCAAUGAAGUAUUCGAUCUUUUACCAAUCGGAUCUGUUAUUGCUAACAGAGUUUUCGCAAUUCAUGGCGGUCUUAGCCCAGAAAUCAAAUUAAUUGACCAAGUCUCACUAAUCGAACGUCAGGACGAACUACCAAGUACAGGAGCUCUUGCAGAUCUUACCUGGAGUGAUCCUGAUGAUAUCGAGUGCUGGGCAGUGAAUCAAAGAGGCGCUGGCUGGCUUUUUGGCUCCAGACCAGUCCAAGAAUUUACACACAACAACGAAAUCGACUUAAUAGUACGCGCUCAUCAACUUGCAGUCAAUGGUUACCAAUGGCACUUCAAAGGAGAGCAGCUUGUUACUGUAUGGUCUGCUCCUAACUACAUGUACCGCGCAGGUAACCUCGCUUCUGUUAUGAAGAUCAACGAGAACUUUGAAAAACAAUUUAUCACAUUUAGCGCUGUUCCAAAAGAAAAGAGAGUUAUCCCAGACGAAACAACCUCUCAGUACUUUGCUUAA